AUGGAAGACGCGACCGUGAAAAGGUCUGCCGCUCCUCAAUCCCCGGCCGCCGUGCCCCUGUCGUGCACCUUGUGCAGAAAGCGUAAAAUUAAAUGUGAUAAGCAGAACCCAUGUUCCAACUGUGUUGCCGCACAAAAAGAGUGUGUGCCUGUUGUUCGCGCCAGAUUGCCGCGUGGGAGGAACGGAGGUCGAAAGGGCAUAAACUCAGAACUACGCAACAGAAUCAAUCGCUUGGAAGGCCUUGUACAGUCUCUCAAUUCUGGCUUGCUACCCGAUAAUCCCAAUCUUGACUCUGCGUCAAUAAACACGCACACAAAUAGCGACACUCAAGCAUUGCCUUUUCCAAACCCCUCCUCAACCAAACCGCAGCCUUACGACUCGCGCGAGGCCACUCCCGAUAUCACAAGGUGGCCAUUGGGUUCGACACUCUGGACUCAGCUGGCUCACGAACUUAACGAUAUUCACACAGUACUGGACAACGAAGACGACGAUGACGAUCGCGACGAAGACCUUGACUCGAGCCCACCUUCUGUACCUACAGAUAGCAGUGGGACGCCUGGAGACUUGAUUUUCACUUCGCAGGCAGCUAUCGCUCCUGCCGUGUCAAACAACGAUAUAUUGGAAUACAUCAAGAUAUUUCGACGAAACGUCGACUAUAUUCUGAAGUUCGUUCACCUACCCAGUUUCGAGAAGCUCUUAACAGCAAAGGAGCCAUACCUCGGUCAUCCACCAGAUAGCCCAGCCACUCAGGCUCUGAUCGCAAGUGCUUUCUAUGCUUGCAUCUGUAGCAUCAGCAAUUCUCAUUGUUUAUUCGUCUUCAACAAAAAAAGAGAGGAUUUGAGGAAUGAGUGGCAGCAAGCAACCUUCCAAUGCCUUGCACAAGUUGAGCUCGUCAAAAGACCCAGCUUAGUGACUCUGCAGGCACUGUUGCUGUACAUAGCAGCUGUAAGGUCACAUCAGGAUGAUCAACAGAGCUGGAUGUUGAUCUCGCUGGCAGUCAGAAUAGCUCAAUCGUUACAACUACACCGCGAAGAAUCCUACAACCGAUUGCCUUGGGGCCAAGCUGAAGUGCGUCGUCGUACAUGGUAUACGUUGAAAGCACUAGACUAUCAAGGCGCUAUGGAUCGAGGAAGUGAUCUGGUGAUCGUUCCGAGAGGAUGGACGACCAAGCGUCCGACCCCUAAUGUUGACUCGGAUUUCGCGCUAGACACACCUGUCAUCUCUCCGAGCGCUGAAACGCCAGUCAGCAUGAUUUUCUACAAUAUUCACUGCCACAGCAACGGGCUUCUAAGAGAGCUAAACUGGAUUUUACCAGGUGAAGCAGAAUUACCGCCUACACCGAUGCAGAGUUCAUGGGCUGUAAGACAGGAAGCAAUUGCACGACUUGAGCGUACCUUUGAAGAGGAUGUCAUAUCACGCAUACCAGAUAAUGGCAUAUUCCGCUUUGCUUGCGUCAGUUUCACCAAGGUCCUCCUUAGAUGCGCACAAUUGUACGCGGUUCGGCCCCUCCAACGGCAUCCCGCGUUGACCUUGCCUCCUCCCGAACAUUUGAAUAUCUUACUCCUCGCGGUGGAAGCACUCGAAGUCAAGCGAGGCUUGCUGAGUGAGACUACUGAGCCAUGGCACUGGGUUAUCAAAGGCUUUGUAGAUUGGCACGGCUUGGCUGUGUUGCUGGCCGAGUUGUGCAACCCUGAUCAAUAUGAUCCACAGCUGCUGGAAAGAGCAUGGGCAGUUGGCCUGCUCUCGUUUAACGAACUCUCGGGGCAGAUUGCAGAAGGAACACAAGGUCCCUUGUGGAAACCAAUCAAGAAGUUGAUGCGAGUUGCGCAGAGAAAGCGCCAGGAAAGAUCUCCAGCAGCGCUGCCUGAGAUUAUACCAGGACCAUCUGAUAACUUCGUGGAUGAUUUGUCGACAUACACAACCUCGGCAAUGAAUCUGAUGCCAAUGCAUCCAGUCAUGGAUACCAACCAGAGCUGGAAUGCUGUAGCCCCCGACCCGUUACAGGCAUCGUGGUUCAAUUGGCAAUCCUUUACCGACGAUGUCGCAGCAUUAAAUAAUGGUUAUACUUGGGGUGCAAUGGACUUCGAUCCGAUCUUCGAGGGCUUGUGA